UGAGUUAUCUGGUAAGGAGGACCAGUGUAGUGCGGUUGGCGUGCGAGAGGGUCGCGAUGAACCGACAGAUGAAAUAGAGUGGCGAGGGAAAAAAAACAACCCAAAAAUAAGCAAGUAAGCUGACUGUUCUUCCGCGAGAAACAAUGUUCCCCAAAGGCAAAGGAACCCCGGUGCCCUCGGACGUCCAAGCACGAGAAAAGUUGGCUCUCUACGUCUAUGAAUAUUUGCUUCACAUAGGAGCACAAAAGUCUGCACAGACCUUUUUGUCAGAGAUACGAUGGGAGAAGAACAUAACACUCGGAGAACCCCCAGGAUUCCUGCAUUCCUGGUGGUGUGUAUUCUGGGACUUGUACUGCGCUGCGCCGGAGAGGAGAGAGACAUGUGACCACUCCAGUGAAGCCAAAGCCUUCCACGACUAUAGUGCAGCGGCGGCCCCCAGCCCUGUCAUGGGAGGGAUGCCCCCGGGUGAUGGCAUGCCAGGAGGACCCAUGCCGCCUGGAUUUUUCCAGGGUCCUCCCGGUCCCCAGGGCUCUCCUCACCCUCAGCCUCCUCCCCCUAACAAUAUGAUGGGACCCCACAGUCAGUCCUUCAUGUCACCUCGCUUUGCCGGCGGCCCGAGAGGUCCCCCCAUCAGGAUGGCAAACCAGCCGCCAGGUGGAGGACCAGGCCCACAUCCCAUGUUGCCUAAUAUGGACCCGACACGACCACAAGGUCAUCCUAACUUGGGGCCCAUGCAGAGAAUGAGCGGCCCUCGAGGAAUGGGGCCCAUGGGGCCCGGCCCACAGAACUUUGGUGGAGGGAUGAGGCCCCCGCACAACACCAUGGGUCCCGGCAUGCCAGGAGUCAACAUGGGCCCGGGGACUGGUCGGCCAUGGCCCAAUCCUAACAAUGCUAAUUCUAUGCCUUACUCAUCACCGUCUCCUGGCGCGUACGGGGGAGCAUCUGGAGGAGGACCACCAGGGACUCCCAUCAUGCCCAGCCCCGCAGACUCCAACAACUCUGGUGACAAUUUGUACACCAUGAUUAACACUGGACCCGGCAAUCGAAAUAAUUUCCCCAUGGGCCCCGGCUCUGAUGGACCCCUGGGAGCCAUGGCUGGGAUGGAACCACACCACAUGAACGGGUCACUAGGCUCUGGUGAUUUGGACGGAAUGAACAAGAAUUCUCCAAACAAUUUAAGUGGCAUUAGCAAUCCUCCCGGGACACCGAGGGAUGAUGGCGAGCUGAGUGGGAACUUCCUCCACUCAUUUCAGAGCGAGAACUACUCACCAACCAUGACGAUGAGUGUGUGACCCCCCCCCAUCCCCUUUCUCUCCCCCCCCCUGCCAGCCCUACCCUUCGUAAUUUGCCAUCAUUCCAAGGAUUCGAACCCCCACGCCUCCCUCCGAUCAGACACGGCCGAACGCAUCAGCAGAAAAUCAGGGAUCCAAACUUGACGUCGGAAAUGCUGAAACGCGGGUGAAACAAAACGGCUCGUGUCUCUCUCACGGGACAAAAGCAGCUCGUGAAACGAUCGUUCAACAACAAUGGCGAAACGGACCCCCGAUAUACAAGUACCACCCCACCCUAGAGCGAUGGUUUACCUCUUUUUGGAAUGAAUUUGUGCAGGAAGUGUCUCCCUUGUCCCGCUCGGGUCCACUUCAAACACUGGAGAGUGUACAUACAUGUACAUGUGCAUCGUGAGCUUUUCCCAGUUUUAUUUUAUUUUUAUUUUUUUUGCUGCUCGCCAUAUGUGCCCACCUCGCCACCGCACUCGUUUAGAACACUCACUGAUGGACAUUUUCAAUUACAGUGUUCCCCCGCACACUCAGAAACCUACCUGGGCCCGGUCAAUGUCUUUUUUUUUUUUAAAGGCCAGUG